AUGCGCUUCACUUCCGACGCCAGCCCCUCCCUCACCCCUCUCGGCUCCCGCCUCCUCCACAUCUCGGAGCGCAAGCUCUCUACGCUCGACGGCAUUGCCUACGACGAAGGUUUUGACCUUCGUAAGGGUAUCCUCGUCCGCGAGGCCGUCCGCUCCGCCUGGCAGAGCGUCAGCGACGGUGAGGAGGUCGAGAUGACCAACCGGUCUUCCCACAGUGCCAUGGGGCUCGAGGUGUACGAAGAAGAAGAAGAGGGGGACUUGGAGCGGAGCGAGCAGAGGUGGUUUGAACAAAUUGUCACGAGCCUGGACGAGGAAGAGGAUGAGUUGGCUAGCGAGCACGAGCACGAGUGGGUCGAGAGCAACGUCACCAUUCCCGAGGACCUCGAGUUCAACGUCGACGGCAUGGAGGCUUUCACCUUUACUUCUCCCACUGCCCCAUCUACGCCUGCUCUCGAGCCUGCACAUUGCGCCUCGACUAGCUGCGUCGAUGUGGUCGAGGUCGAUGACGACGAGUCUGACAUCUCGGACGAGGACAUGAUUGCCCUCACCCAGUCUACCCACUGGUCUCUUCCCACCACCACCCACCUCAAGUACGCCACUUCUCCCCCUCUCUCUCCUCUUCCCGAGCCCUCCCCCCUCCAGAUCCCUGCCGCUCUCUACCCAGGCAUCGACAACUACUUUACAGGCUUUGAAGAGGAUGUCGACGACUUUUCUGCCCUGCCUCCUCCCUUGCUCAGAUCGAUGUCGAGCUCGACCACGAGUAGCGAAGGCGAUGAUACGGAGGUGUGUGGCACGCCGCCGAUGAGAGCUGAAGAGUUGAGUCGGGAGGACGAGGAUGAGGAGGAGAUUGAUCGGAAGGAGCAGGAGGCGUUGUAUGGGAUGGGGUUGAAGAUGGGUGGUACGGAUCCUGCUUUUGUGUUCUUAGUUCAGCCUAGUCGAUUAUUUGGAUAG